CGGGGGGUCCGUCAACCCAACCGAUCCCAGAAAACAGGGGCUUUUGUGUCUUUGGAGAAAUCAUGUCUCGCGCUGCAGGUGUGCGCGGGCCCUUUUUACUGAUUUUGUUGGAGAUAACAGUCAUCUGCACGGCACAGAGGGCUGGAGCCGGUCCUCCUGGUGUGCCUGGAAUAGACGGCAUUGAUGGGGAGAGCGGUGACACCGGUGAAGACGGUUCGGCUGGUCCUGAUGGAGAUGCUGGAAAACCUGGUUCUGCUGGACUUCCUGGAUCACCUGGAGCUGAUGGAUUGACUGGCCCCAUAGGAGAACUAGGCCUCGAUGGCCCCGCAGGACAAAAGGGUGAACCUGGCAAACCUGGACCCAGAGGAGAAGUGGGUAUUGGACCUGAUGGACCAAUUGGACCACCAGGAUCAGGAGGACUUCCGGGUGAGCAGGGAAAAGUGGGACCCCCUGGAGCCAUGGGUGUGAGAGGGCCACAGGGACCCCUUGGACCAACAGGGCCCCGUGGUGCUGCAGGGAUGCUGGGCGGAACAAUGGAACUGUGCUCUAAUGCAUGCCCAUCUGGUGCACCUGGUCAUCCUGGCUUGCCUGGAAUGAAGGGUCAUAAAGGGGUGAAAGGAGAAGCUGGAGAGCCUGGUAAACAAGGACACAAGGGAGAGGAGGGAUAUCAGGGGGCACCUGGAGAGGUCGGAGCUCAAGGCCCAACUGGUCCGCAGGGAAUUCGAGGGGCCACUGGUAUAAUUGGUACCAAAGGAGAAACGGGGCCUCGAGGUGUUGAUGGAGACCCAGGCCCUCAGGGUGUUGCAGGGGCGAUGGGGGAUCGAGGCCAAAGAGGAGGAAUGGGAGAAACUGGCCCUAAAGGUGAACAGGGACCUCAAGGGCUGAGAGGCAAUACUGGUCUUCCAGGGCCGAAGGGAGGCAGUGGUUUGCCAGGUGUGGAUGGACGUGAGGGAAUCCCUGGCAUGCCAGGUGCCAAGGGUGCCGCCGGAAAACCUGGAACUCUGGGGGAAGUUGGCCUUCAAGGACUCCCUGGUUUGCCAGGUGUGGAUGGACGUGAGGGAAUCCCUGGCAUGCCAGGUGCCAAGGGUAAUGCUGGACAAUCAGGCCUCAUUGGUACUAUGGGAUCUGCAGGUAAAGCGGGUGAGCGUGGAGAACAAGGAGAAGUCGGACCCAUUGGGUCUAUUGGACAACCUGGAGAACGAGGAGAGCAGGGGCCACCUGGGCCGAUGGGAAAACCAGGAGCCAGAGGUCCUAAAGGUGACUUGGGCUUGCCUGGACUUCCUGGACCACCAGGCCUACCAGGAAUAAAAGGAGAUAGGGGUGAAGCAGGAGAACCUGGACCAAAGGGAGAACAGGGAGCUCAAGGUGCAGAGGGAACACCAGGAGACAAGGGAGAUGUUGGUGACCCUGGCCAACCUGGAGCUAAAGGAGAAGUAGGUAACCAGGGGGAUCCGGGUAACAGAGGACCAGAGGGUGCCCGUGGGCAGCCUGGCAUUGAAGGGCCUCCUGGUAGUCCUGGACCACGUGGCAUGCAGGGGAACAGAGGAGCUCCAGGACCUCGUGGCACCCAGGGACCAGCGGGUAAAGAACCAAGUGAUCAACACAUCAGACAAGUGUGCAUGCGUGUUAUGCAGGAGCAGUUGGCCCAAUUGGCUGCCAGUCUGAGGAGACCAGAGUCUGGCGCGGUUGGACUGCCAGGCAGACCCGGUCCCCCUGGUUCUCCCGGAUCCCCAGGUGACAGCGGCUUUCCUGGGCAUGCUGGUGCAAGAGGGCUCCCGGGACUCAAAGGGCCUCUGGGACUUUUGGGUCUUAAGGGGCCGAAAGGUGAGAUGGGAGACAGAGGGGGCAGGGGACCUACAGUUCGGGGACCCAAAGGCAUGCUGGGACCUCCUGGACUGCCAGGUGAACCUGGAAAACCAGGAUACGGUCAAGAUGGGCGUGAUGGAGAACGGGGUCCACCUGGUGCCCCGGGUCAGCCGGGUGUUCCUGGACCUCCUGGUUCAGCCGGACCACCCGGUUACUGCGAUCCUUCGGCCUGUAAUCUGAGCGCAGGUGCCGCCCACCAGUCCCUCAAAGACUCUAGCAUGAAGGGACCAGGCGGAAACUAAAAACCUCACUGUUCUGGACAUUUAGAGAGACAGCUCUCCGUUACAGCUCUGCGAAAAGCACAAAACGUUAUCGCCCUUUGCAGAUAGUUUUACAGCUGUAAUGCCUAAAACACUUUGCCAACUUCCUGUGUACAGAAAACGGCAACAUUUCUUGAUCCAAACAAAUAAGACACUUUUUUGUUCACCUUAAGUUAUCUGUUGGUGCAAAUGAACUUUCACAGAACUUAUUGCCCAUCUAAUGUAAUCCAUUUCCUGUAGACUUUAGAAGUUUUUUUCCCUCAACUCAUACUAAAUCUGCUCUAGGAAGUGAACAAACAUCAAUGUGGCCUUCAGACCGGAGGCCUUUUUAAUUUCUGUGUGCCAAAGAUAAACCUGCCAGAAAUAUUGAUGGUGCUGGAAGUUCAUAACUGAAACGGCUGCCAGAGACCUGCUGUCAGAAACCAAAAGGAGAGAGGAUAUAUCUAGAUAUGCUGCAAUAUAUUCUGUACAUCAAUGUAAAUUAUUUAAAUGUGGUUUUGUAAGAAAUUCACUCCCCGCUAAAGAAUAUUGGUGAUUGAUUGUUCCAGGAUUGUGGGCGGGAAGGCGAUGCAUGACCCUUUUGUGACGUGUACACAUGAGAGAAAUGCAGAUGUGUCGUUUCAUGGUAUUUCUAUUUAUUUUAGGUGUUCGAUGACGUUUGUACAGAGGUCCAAGGGAAACACAUUUGAAUAAAUUUGAUGUUUUUAUAUGAUUUCAGAAUAAAUGUCUCAAACAUUCUUAUGCUUUUUCCUCUUUCAAGUAACACUUCCUUGUUGAAUAGCCCGACUGCACUUAUCUCAGCUUUUUCCACUCUCUUUCUCACUUAAAUAACUCAUUACAUGCCAGUGCAAAAAUGUUGGCACAAACACAUUUCGUUUGCUCUUUCAGUGUAGAUGCUAAUUUAAAUGCUGGCAAACUGACCUCUGCAAUUAAUCAGUAAGGGAGAUUUUAAGAAUUACA